AAAGACCUUGUGGGGACAGUAAUGACCGCACGUUUCCGAUUGCCUGCUGGCAGAACCUACAAUGUACGAGCGUCUGAGCUGGCACGAGACAGGCAGCAUACAGAGGUGGUUUGCAAUAUACUUCUCCUGGAUAACACUGUACAAGCUUUCAGAGUUAAUAAACAUGAUCAGGGACAAGUUCUGUUGGAUAUAGUCUUCAAGCAUCUCGAUUUGACGGAGAGAGAUUAUUUUGGUUUACAGUUGGCUGACGAAUCCACCGACAACCCAAGGUGGAUGGAUCCAAACAAGCCAAUUAGGAAGCAAUUAAAAAGAGGAUCUCCUUACAGUUUGAACUUUAGAGUCAAAUUUUUUGUAAGUGACCCUAACAAGCUUCAAGAAGAAUACACGAGGUACCAGUAUUUUUUGCAAAUUAAACAAGAUAUUCUUACUGGAAGAUUACCCUGUCCUUAUAAUACGGCUGCUCUUUUGGCUUCCUAUGCUGUUCAGUCUGAACUGGGAGACUACAGUCAUUCAGAAAACUUGCCAGGCUACCUCUCAGACUAUUCUUUCAUCCCUAGCCAGCCUCAAGACUUUGAAAAAGAAAUAGCAAAAUUACAUCAACAGCACAUAGGCUUGUCUCCUGCAGAAGCAGAGUUCAAUUAUCUCAAUACGGCACGUACCUUAGAACUCUAUGGAGUUGAGUUGCACUAUGCAAGGGAUCAAAGUAACAAUGAAAUUAUGAUUGGAGUGAUGUCAGGAGGAAUACUAAUUUAUAAGAACAGGGUACGAAUCAACACUUUUCCAUGGUUGAAGAUUGUAAAAAUUUCUUUUAAGUGCAAACAGUUUUUUAUUCAACUUAGGAAAGAAUUGCAUGAAUCUAGAGAAACAUUACUAGGUUUCAAUAUGGUGAAUUAUCGAGCCUGUAAGAAUUUGUGGAAGGCUUGUGUUGAGCAUCACACUUUCUUCCGACUGGACAGACCUCUACCCCCUCAGAAGAACUUUUUUGCACAUUAUUUUACUUUGGGUUCAAAGUUCCGAUACUGUGGGAGGACAGAAGUCCAGUCUGUACAGUAUGGUAAAGAAAAAGCAAACAAAGACAGGGUAUUUGCAAGGUCCCCAAGUAAACCAUUGGCACGGAAAUUGAUGAGUGGAAUGGACUGGGAGGUAGUAAGUAGAAAUUCACUGUCAGAUGACAGGUUAGAAACUCAGAGCCUACCAUCACGAUCUCCACCUGGAACCCCAAAUCAUCGCAACUCUGCUUUCACUCAAGAGGGAACCCGUUUACGACCAUCUUCAGUUGGUUACUUAGUGGACCAUGUAGUUCACACCUCACCAAGUGAAGUUUUUGCAAAUCACAGAUCUCCAUCUUCCACUCAGGCUAACAGCAUCAUCCUAGAGUCAUCGCCAUCCCAGGAGACCCCUCUAGAUGGGCAGCCACCUGCAUUACCACCCAAACAAUCUAAAAAGAACAGUUGGAACCAAAUUCAUCACUCUCACUCCCAGCAAGACCUGGAUAACCAUAUUAAUGAAACAUUUGAUGUUCCCACGUCACCUGAAAAAUCCACACCCAACGGUGGUGUUCCCCAUGACAAUCUUGUUCUGAUCCGAAUGAAACCAGAUGAAAAUGGGAGAUUUGGCUUCAAUGUAAAGGGUGGAUAUGACCAGAAGAUGCCUGUAAUAGUGUCUAGAGUAGCCCCAGGAACACCUGCUGACCUCUGUGUCCCUCGUUUGAAUGAAGGAGAUCAGGUUGUCCUGAUUAAUGGCAGGGAUAUAGCAGAACAUACCCAUGAUCAAGUUGUCAUGUUUAUUAAAGCUAGCUGUGAGAGGCACUCAGGGGAACUUGUGCUCCUUGUUCGACCCAAUGCUGUCUAUGAUGUGGUAGAGGAGAAGUUGGAGAAUGAGCCUGACUUUCAGUACAUCCCUGAGAAAUCCCCACUGGAUGGUAUCCAUCAAGAUGAUAAUGCUCUGAGGGAAUCUAUGAUUCAGCUAGCAGAGGGGCUCAUCACUGGAACUGUUCUAGCCCAGUUUGAUCAAUUAUAUAGAAAAAAACCUGGAAUGACAAUGUCUUGUGCCAAAUUACCUCAAAACAUUUCCAAAAAUAGAUACAGAGACAUUUCGCCUUAUGAUGCUACACGGGUCAUUUUAAAAAGUCAUGAAGAUUACAUCAAUGCAAAUUAUAUAAAUAUGGAGAUCCCUUCUUCCAGCAUAAUAAAUCAGUACAUUGCUUGUCAAGGUCCAUUACCAAACACUUGUCCUGAUUUUUGGCAAAUGACUUGGGAGCAAGGUUCAGCUAUGGUUGUAAUGUUGACUACUCAAGUUGAGCGAGGCAGAGUUAAGUGCCAUCAGUACUGGCCAGAGCCUACAGGAAGCUCAUCAUAUGGGAAUUUCCAGAUUGCCUGCCAUUCAGAAGAAGGAAAUCCUGCUUAUGUCUUCAGAGAGAUGACACUGACUAACCUAGAGAAAAACGAAAGUCGUCAACUCACCCAGAUUCAGUAUAUAGCAUGGCCAGAUCAUGGGGUUCCUGAUGAUUCCAGCGACUUUCUGGAUUUUGUGUGUCUAGUACGGAAAAAAAGGGCUGGCAGAGAAGAGCCUGUUGUUGUUCAUUGCAGUGCUGGGAUUGGACGGACAGGGGUUCUUAUCACGAUGGAAACAGCUAUGUGUCUAAUUGAGUGCAAUCAGCCGGUUUAUCCAUUAGAUAUUGUGAGAACAAUGAGAGAUCAAAGGGCCAUGAUGAUCCAAACCCCUAGUCAAUACAGAUUUGUUUGUGAAGCUAUUUUGAAGGUGUAUGAAGAAGGAAUUGUUAAACCCCUAAAGACAUUGCUGCAUAAAUAAAGAGCAAAAGGGCUGGGAUACAGAUUGAAGAAUCCUGUCCUCUAAUGAACUUGGCAGCCUUCAUCGUGCCAUAACACUGCUCGCAGGAAAUGGUAUUGGAGAACAGCAAAGAAUUGACAAAGGACUUGGAAGACUUCAGCACUGUUGCACUUUAUGUUGAAACAAAAAUCAGUCUCUAAAACUCUAUAACUUUCAUGUGUUUGAAGACUUUAUUUUCAUGCUUGGCUCGGAACAAACAAACUGUAAACUGAAAGAACUAAGUGUGUUCAGGGUAACUUCCGAUAUUUCAUUGUAGUGCCAUAUACUCCCCCUUCUGAUUCAAUUGCUACAAACAAGGCUUGGAAUUAUUUCGCUCUGUUAUACACCUACAUCUUUAAAGAACAAAAAAAACCAAAAAAAUACACUAAGCUAUGGUCUCUUCCAGUGCUAGGUGAUUUGCCAUGUACAGAUUCUCCAUUUUUGUUUUUUUUAAAAACAUUAGCAAUAUUGCCAAUAUUAGAAACACACUGCCUACUGAUGCAGCACUUUGCCCUCCAUCCUGUUUUGAGACCAGCUAGUUAUUAAAGGAAGGUUGGCAUCUGUGUUAACCCAGCAGUAGCUGCAUAAUGCCCACUUACCAGCAUCUUGUGAAAUAUAAACGAUAUUGCUUUGAGUUAAUGACAGGACUUAGUGCCCAACACUGGUGUAUUCAGAUUCACUUGAGUUAACAUUACAUUGUGGGAACUAGUGCAUGCAUUAUGUCUUAACCCCUUAAGUGCCUUGAGACUUACAAUGUAUGUCUAAUGAAGAAGGCACUCGUAUGACCCUUUGGGGGUAGUAUCAUCCUUUCAUAUUUUUUCUUCAUGGGUUCGCAUUUUUAAAUGGCCCUUGGUGCUUGGAGUAUGUUACUGCAAGGGGUCACAGAAAUACCAUUCCCUCUUUCCUUUUACAAGUACCUGCAUGCUACUACAGGUAGCAAAAGCACCUCUCCCUACUUAAUGAACGAGCAUUGUUUGCUGCUGUGUAAUUUUGUGGAAAAUCUGACACAUUCCUUUCAACUGGGAACUUUUAUUAACAGCUUAACAUGAAAUGCCAGUAGGUUGUUAGAAUUUGAUCCUCUCUCUUACCCUCCCAUUGAGAGAAGCAGUCUCAUUUGAUUAGAAUAUACCUUUUUUACAGCACUGAUACUUAAGCUUAAACUGACAGUCAAAUGUGAUUAAUUCUUUUCCAUCCCUGUUAACUAACUAUUUUUCUAAGUCAUCAUCAGUUGAUUUCAAGCCAUGUUCGUACUGGACUGCGUGUUUUUGUUUUUUUUUUUUUGGAGCAAGACAAGACUGUCAAGUUUCCCAAAAUUUUAAUUCCUUAGUAACCCCAGUCAUUUUCUGUUAUCCUUGUGGAAAAUUAAAUUGUUCCAGUUUGUA